AUGGAAAUACUGAUGGAUGGACCAAUAUGUUUUUAUCAUCUUGUGUACAUCAGUGUUCUGUCUACAGCUUGUUGGAGUUUGCCUGAGAGAUUUCCAGGAGGGCCACCUCACAACCUACAAAUGGAAUCUCACAAUUUUCAGCACAUUUUGUCCUGGCAGGCAAAAAGUGAUCCAGCCGUGCCAACAUACUAUCGUGUGCUGUACCAUGACUGGAGCAACUGGAUGACUGCUAAACAAUGUUCAAAUAUUACACAACUCUUCUGUAAUCUCACAGAUGAUUUUAAAACGAUUUCCACCGAGUAUUCUACUUUUGUUCAGAGCUUCAUAGGAACUGAAGUAUUCAAUUCUUCUGUACUUCAUUUUGCACCAGAGACUGACACAUUCCUGGGACCACCAGAAGUUAAUAUCAGUUCCUGUCUAAACUGUGUAAAUGUCACCAUAAAGCUACCAACCUCUCACUUCAGAAAAGAUAAAAAGCUGCUGUCCUUAAUUGAUAUAUAUAAGGAGCUCGAGUAUGUUAUAACACUGAAAACAUUCAAUGGAGAGCACAAGAGACCACGUGAGAAAACCACUGAGGAAGUUUUUAGUACUGUCAUUGAAGAAUUGUAUCCAGGUAGAAACUACUGUGUGUCUGUUACAGUCAUUGCAUCUCUAAACAGAAAUUCCAUCCCAUCAGCCUGGAGAUGUGUAACUGCGGACUCUGUAGCUGAACAAGAUUAUCAUACAGUUGCAAUCGCCAUUACUGUAUGUUUUUCACUGAUAUUAGCUGGUGCGCUGAAGUGUAUGCAUGCAGGAGGUUAUAUUCUUCAAAAUAAAUCACUUCCGCAUACCUUGGCAUUCAUCAGAAUAUUAGCCUAUUCACCUUGGACAUACGAACCUGAAGACAUAGUCUCUGUAGAGAUCAUUUACAAAGAGGUUAAAAAAAGGGCAAAUGAAUCCAGUCAUGGUGUCAGUGAUGAAGAUGACAGUGAUGACAGCGACAGCGAUGCCAUAAGUAAUCAUGACUAUACAAGGCGUGGUGUCAUAAGUAGAGCACCUGAUUCUUCUGACGCGCCAAAUGUCUGUGUGCAGUGUGCUGCAAAUAGUACGUGUGACGACAGCAGCAGCCAGGCAAGUGAAAAUCCAGAUGCUGAUCCAGAUUUUGAAGAGCAUGAGAUGGACAUUGAAGAAGACAAGGACUCAAGUUGCAAAUUACUUAAUCCCUUCUCUGAGGUAAACUCUAACUAUUCUUCUAAGCAAAGGAACAAUGCCUGCUUUACCAUUAACUUAAAAACUGUGCUGUUGGGAACCUCUGAAGGGGACGUGGAUAGUUCUGCAGCUCUUCUUUCUCCCCAAGAACAUGUGGUUGACUGGCAAUGUACUCGUGCUUUUGAAACAAAAGUCCUGGAUGACGCAGAAAGCUUGCAGAAACCACACUGUCGUAAGGGCUCUCCUGAAUGGCAAAGUUCUUCUCGUUCUUCUGAUGAAAGUGAGUCAUCAGAUUCAGACAUGGACCAAAAAACCGACUAUAUAAGAAGAUGA